UUGUCAAGAAACGGAUUUUAGUUUACGGAACUGCUAGCAUUUUUGCUAAAAUAUAUCUUUUCCUUAUUACCUUUCACUUAAUUGUGAAUUUUGAUUUUUUUUGGGCAUGUUUGUGUGAAGAAUCGUUAUUUUAAUGCUGGAUUCUAUCAACUAAGCAAAACGUGGUAUUUGUUUUUAACCAAACCGAAGAGUUUCUGAUGCUAGCUGCAUAAGUUGCAUAUAUGAUGGCAAGAGUUACUCCUGGAGCAUUUAUUGUCCCUGACUGGUAUCGAUGUAAAGAUAGCAAAGAAUACUUCAACAAAAUUAUACAAAAGAAGAAUCGGAAGAAUUUUGGUCUGUUGGAGUCUCCAGUGAUGCCCCCACAUGCAGCUGUGGAUACACUUGAUUAUAAGGUUUUCAUCUCUGGUAAGAGUGGAGUUGGGAAAACAGCUCUCGCUGCACGCCUUGCUGGUCUAAAUAUUCCUAGUGUGCACCAUGAAACUACAGGGAUUCAGACGACAGUGGUGUACUGGCCUGUGAAACUGAGGGAAAAUGGCAGAGUGCUUUUCUUCCGUCUGCAGUUGUGGGACUGUGGAGAGAAUGCCUUACGCAGAUUUGACCAUUUGCUUCCAUCCUGUAAGGAACAGGUGGACGCUGUCCUCUUCCUUUUUUCCUUCACCGACAGGACAUCCUUCCAAGAUUUGUCAAAUCAAAUUACUAAAUGGACCGAGUCAACAGACUGUCUUGUCAAAGUGGUGGUUGGUACAAAGUUUGACCUCUUCAUGCACUGCGAUGUGGCAGAGAGAGAUGUCAGGAAGUUCCAGGAGACAUGGAGGUUACCGGUGUUCCAUCAGGUGGGGAGGUCAGCUGAUAGGCUGGGUGACGUAGCCCCCAUACUCAACUGCCUCGCCGAGAACUUGUGGCAUCAGGACUGUGUUAGAGCUGGAGCAGCUGGUCGGCAACAGCAGCAUGAGACAAGGACUCUACCUUAAAAAUCCCUGAUCAAAGUCAUUUUGGUAUAUUACAGUCUAAAGGGAGCGACCGGUAUCUCCUAAUAUGCAGUGACGACAAUGGGAGCAGCAAUCUAAUGGAAUAUUUUGUGGCUAAAAAAAAAAAAAAAAAGCUACAAUUUCAAGGCAAAACUCAUUUCCAUGCAUUAUAUGAAGAGGUUUUUUUUUCUGCUGUAGAGUUAGCUUUCAAAAUAAUCAAAACUGCAGUUAUAACUGCUACCUGUGCAGCUUUUCCAACCUCUGUACCUUUGAAUACUUAGAAUCAGCAGUGAUUGGUCUCCAGAUCUCUAUCCCAAUUAUUGUGUAGACUAUAGCAAAAAUUCUGCAUUCGCAAAUCUUCGUCAAAGUCUUGUCACAUUAGUGGCUUUAACAAGUUAUAAUUAAGUUUGACACCUCUGCCUUAAAUUAACACACUGCCAUACAUGCUUCAGGAGCCACACACACCUAAUUUCAAUGUUAGAGUUUCUGUCCUUGCCAUUUCAAUAACACAUCACGUGAAACUAAAAAGGUGUUUAAGUAGAAAAUAAAUAGUACAGCAAAAUA